ACUGUACUCUCGAUCUGAUUUGAAGAUCUGCGCUAGUAAACAUAACAUAACAAUUCGAGGUAUAGGCAAACCUCGUGUCCUAAAAGAAGUAUAAUAAUUAAUUAUAGCGUUAUUAGGUGUAUAUAAUUAGGCUCACAAUGGAUGUAUUUUUAAUGAUCAGGCGAAAAAAAAUGACAAUAUUCACAGACGCGAAGGAUGACACCACAGUUCUCGAGCUCAAGAAGAUGAUUGAAGGUAUACUGAAAGUACCACCGGCAAACCAGCAGCUAUUUAGCAAGGACAAUAUUCUAAUGUCUGAUAACAAGGCUUUACAAGAUUAUGGAUUAACAUCGUUAACUGCAAAAGCGCAGUGUCCUGCAUUAGUGGGCUUAGCUCUGCGUCAGCCGGAUGGUCAGUUUGAGCCUCUCGAGAUGACACCGUUUUCAUUACCGCCGGAUCUUCCUGAUGUUAUGAAAUCCCAAGAAAAUAAUGGACAAGAACAGUCUCCUUGAAAUAAUACAGAUAACAUUGCACCAGCCGAUGAUGAAGUUUUGUGUUUUGCGCAAUUUAGUAAUCGUCAGAGCAGCUCUGAAUCGUUCAACAAGAAAGGAGAUCCUGUGUAUGAUGUACUAUGUACUAUGUGAAUAUUAAAAUGUGAACAUCAUGGUAUUGCCAUGGUAGUACCAUGUAAAUAAAAUAUGUACAACUUUAUACUGAUAUUCAGAGCCGCAAAACUUUUCGAUAUUCAAUUUAAUGAGGUUGCUAUGUAGUUACGCGAUCUUCAGUUUUGUAAAAAGAUGUGAUGAGUACUAAUUUGUACUUGAUUAUUAGACUGAAGGUGAUAAUAAAACUAAAAAAAAACCAUGCUCACUACACUGUGCAUCAAAGGAGAUUUAGCUAUAUAAUAAGUGUUUUGUUAUGUUAUCAGAUUGCGAAUAACUUGUAUCUCACCUUAUAUUUAAUUUAUGGAUGUAGCUCAAAUGUUAAUUUAAAGUACUUUUAAUAUUUUUAAAUUGCAUUGAAUUUAUUUGUUUAUGCCUUAUUUAACUGUCACUCGCCGUACAUAUCCUUGUAUCGCAAGACCAAAUUAAAUUCAAAACGCUCGUAUUUCCAAAUUAUAAACUUUGCGGAAUUGCAAGAUAGACUGGAUUAGCAUAAGAUGUACAAUCAUUACAAUGUAAAUGCAAAAUAUAAUGUUUCAAUUAA